UUUUCCGAAUGAUAAGAAUUAGACCAUGACAACCUGGAAAGGUGUCCUUUUUGUGAUUUGUGCUGCCAUUGAGACGUGAUUUCAGAUUGUCCGAACAUGAUUUCAACGCUUACUGUGUUUAUUUGUCUAUCUUAUUUAAUUCCAACAAACAGCCACUUUGAAAAAGAGAGUGAGCCGCCGAAGUUGCUACUGAUUUCGUUCGAUGGAUUCAGGUGGAAUUAUUUGGAACGGACAGGUACUCCGAACUUCGAUGUUUUUUUGAAAAAUGGAGUACAUUCAAAGAAUGGUCUGAAGAACGCGUUCAUUACCAAGACAUUUCCAAACCAUUACACACUGGCGACGGGAUUGUGGGAAGAAAGCCAUGGGAUCGUGGCCAAUACGAUGUAUGAUCCAAAACUGAACGAAGUUUUCACCCUGGCAAAUAGAGCCGAUCAGACCAGUGCUAAAUGGUUUGAUGACGGCGGUGAACCUGUGUGGGUGACGAACCAGCUUCAAGACUCUCACCACAGAACCGGUAUAGUCAUGUGGCCGGGAGGAGGUGCUCCUGUCAAAGGUGUCCAAGCUACAAGGAACAUAUUGUUUAAUCCAUCUGUUAAAAAUGAAACAAGAAUAGAUACCAUUUUAGAUUGGUUCACAUCAUCCUAUCCUAUCAACCUCGGUCUUCUUUAUUUUGAGCAGCCAGACCAGUUUGGUCACCAAUUUGGACCCGAUUCCAUCCAGGUGACAAGAAUGAUCGGCGGUUUGGACAAUGUAGUCGGUUAUCUGUUGAAGAGUAUGAAGGAGAAGGGCUUGUUGGAAAAUACAAACAUUAUCAUAACAAGCGAUCAUGGAUUUUCAAGCACUCCUCCUGAAAAUGUUAUAAAUUUGGAUAAAUACAUUGAUCCAUUGUCAUACAAAAUAUUUGCAAGUAACCCAAUUGGAAAUAUUUUGCCAAAUGAAGGUCUGCUUGAAGAGCUGUAUGCAAAUCUGACGGCAGGAUCCAAAGCUGAAGGUCACUUCACAGUUUACAAGAAAGAGGACAUACCAGACCGGUACCACUACAAGCACAAUGACAGGAUUAUGCCGCUCCUUGUUGUGCCUAAGGACACUUACCAGCUUACCAGGAAUGGCACAGUUGUAAAUGAAUUGGGAAACCAUGGCUGGGACAACUCUCUCCAAGACAUGCAUCCAUUCUUUCUGGCAAUGGGACCAUCCUUCAAGGCCGGCGCCAGCGUGGACAUCUUGAACAAUGUUGAUGUGUAUCCCCUCAUGUGUCACCUCCUUGGUAUUGAGCCGGCACCAAAUAAUGGUAGCUUACAGAAUUGUCUCCCCUUGUUAAAGAUGGCAGCUGAACAUGAUGAUUAUACUGCCACAACAUUUGGAACUUAUAUCCUCAUCCUCAUCCUAAUAGCGCUGAUCGCGGGCGUCUUCAUGGUGGCGGCGUGCCGUCAACACCGCUACCUCAAACGCAAACAGAAGCAGCUGCUGCCCCUGACCAGCCUCCACGGGAUGGUGCGGUAUGCCACGCCCCCCAACGGUGCCAAGAUCCCGCUGCUGACUGACACAGAUGAAGAGGAUGAAGAUCUGGACUAGAGGCAGGAGCACAAGCAUAAAUAAGUACAGGAGCAUAACCAGAGUCAAGUAUUAUGUGUUGAAGAGAGCAAGUUUGAGAACGUGAUCCAGAGUCAAGUAUUAUAAGAUGGAGACAACAUGCACGAGAGACCUUUGUCAGGAUAUGAAGGUACUGUCUGCAGGAACACUGUGAGGCCAACCAAGCUGUGAGCCAUUGUGUUAGAUGGGCAACACCGUUGUGUUCUGUAUACACUAUGCCAUGUGUUCUACCUUACAUAGGUGAGUGGUAUGCCUGGCUUGACAUACAUGUGUAGGACUGAGGCGUUUAAUGUGAUGGUUAUAGUACAGUGAUCAGAAAAUUAAUGUACCAGACAUAAUCAGACUGCAAUCAUGUGACAACUGUUUGCUUCAUCUGUGUUUCAAAAUGGGGAAAGUAGUUGACUGUGUUGAUGAGACUGUGGCAAGAAUGGGUUCAUUGUGUUGUCAGUUGAUGAGUAUGAUAAAAUAAUCAUGAACAUAUGAAA